AUGGGCAACGGGAUGACGUGCGGUGACUGCAGCAUGGAAGCCCACCAGGAGGCGUCUCGCGCUCGCCUUCUGCUUCCGGAGCUCCAGGCCCUGGCCUCGAUCAGCGAGCUGGACUUGACGGGCCGCUCCUUGCGAGAUGCUGGUGCCAGGGUGGUGGCGGAUGCUCUUAAGGGUUGCACCUGUCUGAGAAGCUUAAGCCUUCGCUGGAACGGCAUCCGAGAGCAGGGCGCAGCCGCACUCGCAACCGCCGUUCAGCGCAGCAGCCUGCAAUGCCUGGACGUCUUCUGCAAUUCCUUCGGCGAUCGGGGAGCUGCGGCGACGGCCGCGAUGCUGCCUCGGAAUGCCACGCUGCAGAAGCUGGACCUGGGCUGGAACUCCAUCGGCGACCGCGGUGCAGCUGUCUUGGCUGCUGCGAUGAAGCAGAACACGGCUCUCGUGGACCUGGGGCUGGAGCAGAACGCCAUCACGGGUGCAACGGCUCUCGCGGAGGCCCUGGUCUCGAAGAAGAGCUGCAUACGGCUGGCUGGCAACCCUCUGGAGGAGGACAGCAUCCAUGCCCUGGAGCGAUUGGUUGAGACUGGUCAGCUGGGAAGUCUGGAUCUUUGGACCGUGGGCCUCAGCGAUCGUGCCUCCCUGAGCAGCGAGCUGGAAGAGGCUGAGCGAGCAGCCCGAGUCCGCGAAGCGGAAGCGCAAGCUCUUGCAGCCUUGGCCGAGGAUUCCGAGAGUGCCGGAAAUUCGGCCUUCCGCGAAGGCCACCGGGGGCAGCUGGCAGAGGUUUGUGACGUGGAGGGACAUUGGGACUUCUUCUGCAACUUUGUGGAGCUCUGUGACGGGGUUAAGUUCAAACUGCCGGGCAAUGACGGGCGCAACGCUCGCACCUCGCAAGAGCUGGAGCUGGAACUGGCUGACGGCUGGCUCUUUGUCUUCGGCGGCGAUGCCUGCGACAAAGGCCCUGGGACACUGCGCUUCUUGGAGGCCAUGGUGACGCUGAAGAGGAAAUAUCCCUCGAGAGUUUUCCUGAUCCUGGGCAAUCGAGACCUGAACAAGAUGAGAUGGACUUCGGAGCUGACCCCGUCCGAGCUGAAGCGCAUCAAAGAGGUCCCUCGAGCCUUCUGGCAGUCCCGUCUCCCCGGCAACUGUCCCACACACUGGGAGUAUCUGAGGAGAACGGUCGCACAGGAGGAGGGCUUGAACGAGGAUGAAGUGACGGAGAGGAUGAUUCUGAACCGGAACACCAAAGCCAACAAGCUACGGUACAUGCUGGACUGCGACAUGGGAUCAGUCGGGGACUUCGAGUUCAGACGAGAGGAACUAGCCCACUUGCUGAACGUGCGCAAGGAGGAAGUCACGGACGAGGAUGUCGUCGAGAGCUACGAGCGCAGCGUCGCUCCGGGUGGUGUGAUGAGGAAGUUCUUAAACCUCGGGCAGCUCGCUCUCCUGAUUGACGGGACGCUCUUCGUUCAUGGCCAGAUCAUUGGCAACCAGUUCCCGCCGGAUCAAGUCAUAGGAGCAGAUGAUGAGAGUACAGCAUGGAGCUUGGGUGUGGUACCUGGAGAGGAACAGCGAGAGGAGUGUCUGGAAACGUGGAUCGCAAAGAUCAACAGCUGGGCAGCCUCCGAGAUCAGGGACUGGCAGCAUCGUCCGCAGUGGGAAGUGCCGCCGAAAGUGUCGACCUUCGAGUCUUGGUCCCAGCGCGGGGCCUCCGAGCUGAUCGCCUACGGCACCCCGGGCACCCGGUAUCCCACCGUCAUCUACUGCAGGUAUUUGACGGAGCAGAGCAUGCCCCUUCCCUUGCCGGACAACAUGGUGGAGUACUUGAAGCAGUACGGCGUGAAGUUUGUGGUGGUGGGGCACACCCCGCACGGCAACGCUCCAACGGUUGUCAUGCACAAUGGGGUGACCUUGAUCAUGGGCGACACCUCCUUCAGUGACGUGAAAGCCAACCGCUUCUUCCAGGGCGACAACCGGGGGAGUGCGGCCUGCAGCAUCGAGUACCGUGGCCACGCUUGGUCCGUGCACGGGCAGACGGACAAGGCCCAGAGCUUCGACUACUCCGUCGGCCCUGGCAUCACACCGGGCUGUGAUCCGCUGGUGGGUCGCUUCACGAAGCCAACAAAAGAAGGCAAGCAAUUCUUCGUGAAAGCCAAGCUGAAGAACACGGAUGAUGAGACGCAGUACUUGCUGAGUCACGUGCAGGGCUUUCGCUACGAGUAUGCGGUGUCCAGCAACGACGAGGUGGCCACGGCCAUCGAGGAGGGCUCGGUCCACUUCUUGUCGGAGAAGCUGCUGAUGGAGUUCCUGGAGCAGGAUGUGAUGUCCAAGAUCCGGCAUCUCUUUCACAUGCUCGACAUGAACGAUGACGGCACCAUCUCCAUGACGGAGCUUGUGGUCGCCAUCAACGAUCCGCUCUUCCGCCGUGGCUUGCGCAGCAUCUUCCCGACCUUGGACCCAAUCUCCUUGCUUGGCAGCGCCACGCUGAUGGAUGGAGAGCUGGGCCCCGAGCAGUUCCACGACCUUUGCAAGAAGCACGCCGACAAGGGAAAGCUGGAGAGCUGCAUCUACUUCCCCCUGGUGGUGUCUGGGGAGCCCUCAGCGGUAGGAGCUUUUCCAAAGGCGCUUCCGAACUUCCACUGCGUUCCGACCAAGUACGUGCAGCCCGGGCACCUGACCGUCUUCAAAGGCCACUUUGACAGCUGGUUCCAGCAGCCGAGAAGCUUCGAAUGCGACCUCUCCCGCCUCAAGUGCCCAGAUUCCUCGCAGAUGAGCGAAUUCUGCAAGUCGUUGAAGCCUCACAAAGCUGCGACUUCUUGCAUGUCGGCGAUUGCGGCACUGAACAUUCCGGAGGUGGAACGAAGACGCUUGAAGAUCCCUGCAGCAGGGCAGUACUUUGCAUGGAGCUAUCCCUUCUCUUUGGUCCGCAGCUGGAAGUCAUCCACAUCGGAGCUUCCGAAGCCGGGGGCCAGCAUGGACCCUGAUGUGGCUUUCCUUACUGUGGGUGGCUUUGUCUACUUUGACGACAACUACCAGCCAGUGCACAUCAACGCUGCAGUGCCCGACCCAAAGGGUCGCCUGAGAUUCGGACCGCCGAGGCACGUUCCGCAUGCAUGGGCCGAACGGCAGCUGGCACGUGGCUGCUUCCAGCCCAUCACCCUUCAGAUGCUGCAGAAGCAGGGUGCAGCGGACUACACCUGGCUACCGCCUUUGGUGAACCACAGCAGUGCUGAGCCGGACUGUCCCUAUGGCGGCUUCGCGUACUUGGGCAGAGGCCUUGCAGAUUUCGACGUGCAUGACGAGGUGUUGAUCUGCUCCCUGUAA